CAUAAAUAAUAUUUAUUUGAUAACAGUGAUCUUAAAUUUUCUUAAUUAUCUGCCAACUGUCAGUGUCAAAGUCUUUCAAUGUCAUUUCAAUUUGACAAAUCGAUAGUUCUUUCACGUUAAAAUUGUCAAUCGGGAAACAUGGCGCCCCGGUUUGAAAUCGCCGUGGGUCUGAAAAAAGGCCACAAAACAACAAAGAUAUCCGCUGGCAAAAAGGGUAUUACGGACAAAGCUAUCAGAAUCAGACCAGCCAGGCUAAAGGGUCUACAAACCAAGCACUCCAAGUUUGUUCGCGAUUUGGUUCGUGAAGUAGUGGGCCAUGCACCCUAUGAGAAGAGGGUUAUGGAAUUGCUUAAGGUGUCGAAAGAUAAGCGUGCGCUGAAAUUCCUGAAGCGUCGUCUCGGCACCCACAUCCGCGCCAAGAGGAAGCGUGAAGAGAUGAGUAACGUGCUCGUGCAGAUGAGGAAGGCGGCCGCCCAGGCUCACCACACCCACGCCCACUAAUUUGUAAUAAAACCUUAUGUAAGACAAA